UGCGCCGGGCGCACACGGACACGGCUGCUCGCUUGUGUGCGUUAUCCCCUCUCCGACCACAUCGUGCUGCAAAAGAGUAGCGGAAUUUGCAUCACUGAGUGUGUGGUACAGCGUUCGCUAACAAAUAUUUUGUACCGUCAUGUGUUCGGUCAAAUUUCAUAAUUUAGUUUACACGGUAUAUAUUUUAGAUUUCCAGAAGAACACGCUUGAAGCUUGUCGCGUGCAAUUGCAGAUUAUUAACAGACCAGAUGGCGCCUAAAAACCCUAAUUAUAUUGUGUGGAUCGACCUGGAGAUGACUGGACUUGAAAUAGAUAAACAUCAUAUACUGGAAAUUGCCUGUGUCGUAACGGAUAAGAAAUUAAAUACCGUUAGCGAGGAACUGAAUAUUGUGAUACACCAGCCAGACGCAGUAUUAGAAAAUAUGAAUGACUGGUGUAAGGUAAAUCACACGAAGUCGGGACUAGUUGAGAGCUCUCGCUCGAGCACAGUAUCGUUGGAAGAAGCUGAGAAGACGGUACUCGACCUUUUAAAGAAACACAUUCAGCAAGGUUCAUGUCCGCUGGCUGGGAGUUCGGUGUAUAUGGAUCGUCUCUUUCUAUACAAAUAUAUGCCAUUAGUUAACAAUUACUUGCACUACAGGAUUAUCGAUGUUAGUACAGUCAAGGAAAUUGCUAGAAGGUGGAAUCCAAGUGUAUAUAAUUCGGUACCAAAAAAGAAACUGCAACAUAGGGCUCUGGAUGACAUAAAGGAAAGCAUUAAUGAACUGAGGCAUUACAAAAAACACUUCUUUAAAUUGCUAUAAUUUGCAUGUGUUCAUUAAAAAUUUAUUCAAGUG